AUGUCGUCACCUGCGUCAACCCCCGACACGAGACCCCACCACAGGCCUGGGUACUUGACCUUCGGAAAGAGGACCGAUUGCAACACUCCAAGUAGGCGACCAAUUCCUUCCAGAACCCACAGGCACAUGCUGCAUUUCAGACGGCCACCCCAAAGAGAACAGCCUGUCCCGACUGCCAUGGCCGCUCAAAACCCCCCCUCCUCUUCCUCUACAGCGACAGGAUCGAUUCCCAACCACAACCAAAUCAACGGCCACAGCAACGCCUUCUUACAGUCGCCCGCCGCAAUACCACCCCGCACCUCGUCUACAAACUCGACCUUGCCCUCAGCUCUCCGGAGCGUCCCCGAGACCAACUGGUUCCCCGGGUCUGCCGUCCCAGGCCACAUACGCCAACGAAGCCGCAAAGCCUCUGUCGGAACCACGACCUUCCCAUCUACCACCAUGUCCGCCCCUCCAGCCCCGCCAGAUCCCAACCGCUUCGCCACCGAAGACUUCUUCCAGAACCGUCGGACAUGGUCAGAAGAGAAAGACAAGGUACUCACAGGGCCGUUCGACUACCUCAACGGACACCCCGGCAAGGACUUCCGGUCUGCUCUCGUGAAGGCCUUUGAUGCCUGGCUGGAGGUGCCCCCCGAGUCCCUCGAGGUGAUCACUAAGGUUGUCGGCAUGCUGCACACGGCCUCCCUCCUCGUCGAUGACGUCGAAGACAACAGCCAGCUGCGCCGGGGCUACCCCGUGGCGCACGCCAUCUUUGGCAUCCCGCAAACCAUCAACUCGUCCAACUACAUCUACUUUUGCGCCCUCCAGGAGCUCCAGAAGCUCAAGAACCCCAAGGCCGUCUCCAUAUUCGCCGAGGAGCUGGUCAACCUGCACCGCGGGCAAGGGAUGGACCUCUUCUGGCGGGACACGCUGACGUGCCCGACCGAGGACGACUACCUGGAGAUGGUCAGCAACAAGACGGGCGGGCUCUUCCGGCUAGGCAUCAAGCUGAUGCAGGCCGAGUCGCGCAGCCUGGUUGACUGCGUGCCGCUGGUCAACAUCGUCGGGCUCGUCUUCUAG